GCCGCGCGCCCGCUGGCGCCCGCGCCGCCGUGCGCGGCCGCGGCGUGCGGCGGCGUGGUGCUGGUGUGGCUGGAGCCCGCGGGGGCCUGGGCCUCGGGCGUGGUGCUCUCGGAGGACGGGCUCGUCCUCACGUGCGCGCACUUCCUGGCGGGCCCCUCGUGGACGGAUCGAGCGGCCGCGCGAGGCGGCGGAAGGGCCGGCGGCGGCGCCCGCGCCGCAGGCGCCGAGGCAGUGCAAGGUGCGCGGUCAGGUGAUCGGGCCCAGCGGCAGAAGCGAAGAGGCCUCGUUCGACCGGACGUCCUGUACGUGUGUGGCGGCUCCCUGGACGUGGCGCUGCUGCGCGUUCGCGCGGGCAGCCGCCCCCACGCUUCCAGCCGCUGCCCUGGGGCGCGGCCUCGGCGCCUGCGGAGGGCGACGAGGUCUGGGUCGUGGGCCACGGCGUGUUCGGCCCGGGCACGCCCUGGCGGGGGCCCUCGGUCACGCGCGGGCACGUGGCGAAGGUGUCUUACGGGGCGAAGACGCGCCGCCGAGCCCUGCUGCAGUGCACCGCCGCGGUGCACCGCGGCAACAGCGGCGGCGCCCUGGUCGCCGUGGGCGACGGGGCGUCGCUGGUGGGCCUGGUGACGACCAACGUCAAGCAGCACGACGGGCUCGCAUGUGGCCCCCUAUCCAUGCCCCACGUGAACUUCAGCCUGCCCGUCGGGCUCCUGGCGCCGCUCCGCGCCUUCCUGGAGCACCCCGGCGGGCCGGGCGCGCUCGAGGCCCUGGCGGGCUCCUGGGAGGCCUGCGCCGCGGACGAGCAGGAGGGCGGCCUGUGGCGCCUUGAGGCCGAGGACCUCGGCCUCCCCAGCCGCGCGGAGGCCCGCCUCUCGUUGGCGCUGCGGCGGAUGGACGAGCUGCAGAGGGACGCCGAGGGCGCCGAGGAGGCCCGGGGCGCGAGCUCGGCCGGCCAGGGCGCCGCGCCGCGGGAGGGCGCCGCG